ACUAGGUGCCUGUCAAAGUAAGAGGGACAAGGGAGUGCGUCCUCCGUAUAUAUUCGUGGUCGCCACUCAAAGCAUUGAGGCCGGUGCUUUCUUUCUCUAUCAUCCACCACUCAGCAUUAAAAACGUCCCUUUGAACACCCCCGGCUUUCCACUGCAAGAAGUCAUCAAGAGGCAGGCCUUACUUGACCACUCGCAACUCAAUCGCAACCAUGUGCCGAGGCCACCAUCAUCAUUACAACUCACCGGCCCCAUACGGUGCCUAUGUCCCGCCCGCUCCCUAUGGCGGCAUGAACACAAACACCCGCAACCAACCUCUUGCUCUCCAGGACCCCAACGGAGCAACCAUGUACCUCACCACAACCACGUCCACAACCAACUGGGGCAGCGAGUAUUGCUCCGGCUGCGGCCGUCGAGCCCACAGAUGCCGCUGUGACCGUCGGGGCUACUAUUCCCCCAACGCCUAUGCGGUCAGCAAUGGCUACGCCGGUCCCUGCAACUCGUCCUACCGCCGCGGCCGCCGGAAUCGCGGUCCUGUGAGCCUCUUGGUCUCGGCCGGCGUGGCGCUGUAUCGGCAUCAAAAAGCGAAGAACGAACAAAAGGAGGAAGAGAGGAGGGCCAGGGGCAUCGAGUUUGAAGAGGAGCUGAGAAGGGAGGAAGGCGAGUAUCAGAGGGAGAGGAUGGAGAAGCACGGGGACCCGAGAAGGCGCCGACAGCAGGAUGAAGAGUUCGAAGACGAGCCUGACGACGAGUUUGAUGAUGAGGUGGCUCUACGGGAGCGGGAACAGCGUGCCAGGGACAGGGAGGCGCAGAGACCGCAGUACAACGGUGAACAGCCACCUUCAUAUGAGGCUGCCAUCAAAGGAUGAAUGCCCAUCUGCAAGCGCGUGAGAUGGGAACAGGACGAUAUGAGAGGAUGGUUCAUGGCAGCGACUUUUGAUCUGAUGCUUUUUGUCUUUCUCCAGUGAAGCCGAAGUGACGAGAAAAGUGAAAUGCUUGGCACUGCUGCCCACGAAGUAAUACAAGACAUUACCGGUA